CGCAGUAGCCGCACUUUGGCGUUGGAAGGCAUUUUCUUCUGCCCUACAAGGUACCAAGGACGAGCGUUGUGUAGACUCUUCUCAUUACCUUCUUUACCCAGGUCAUUGGAUCAGGCAGCGUGUCUCAUCAGGCAGCAUGCCAUCAUAUGUCCGAACGGAGCUGCGGCCUGGCGGCUUUGCCAUUGUAUGGCUGGAGAGAGAGCCUGUCAAUCUGAUGGACUUGACAAUGUGGCAGCAGUUGAUGUCUGCUCUGCAAGACCUGGAAGACAACCAGGAAGUCCGCGGCGUGAUCUUUGCCUCAGGCCUCAAGCGCGAGGUGUUCACUGCUGGCAAUGAUAUCAAGGAGCUUUAUGCACCGCAGACAUCGAUGAGCAGGUAUCGUGACUUCUGGGUGACCUCCAACGUGUUUCUUGCACGGCUGUAUCGCUCGCCGCUGGUGACCCUUGCAGCCAUCAAGGGUGCCUGCCCAGCUGGAGGCUGCUGCCUGUCCCUUUGUUGCGAUGUCCGGAUCAUGACAGAACAGGGGCAUAUUGGAUUGAAUGAGGUUGCAAUUGGCAUCUCCGUACCCCUUUACUGGGGCAGACUCAUGGCACGUAUAGUGGGCGCCAAGACGGCAGAGCACCUCUGCAAAUUUGCAGUGCUUCUUGGACCCAAAGACGCUGCAGCGGUUGGGCUGGUGGAUAAGCUGGUUCCAUCCUCAGAGCAGCUGCUGCCAGCGGCAGUGGCAGCCAUGGCAGAUCUCCUGAAGCAGCCUGACUCAGGCCGUAUGAUUGUCAAGAGCCGAUUCCGUGAUGAGUUCUCGCAUGAGUGGGAGGCCUAUCCAGAGCAAGAGGUGCCAGGGGCUUGGGCCAUGCUGGCAGCCCCCGCCACAGUCAAAGCGCUGGAAGCAACCCUGCAGCGGUUGUCUGGCAAGAAGGCCAAGUCAAAAUUGUAGCUGUUGCUGGUUGCUUCGUGGACUGCAUGGGAAUUUUUGUGAAGCUGUGCCCAAUGUGCUGCAGCAAGUGCAUCUGGCUGUAUCCCUUGCUUUUGGGUAGCGAUGUAUGUGUGUAGACUUAGUGUGUACCAUCAUUUUGCAGGGUUUUCUGUAGCUCAAAUGUAGCUGUCUAGUUUAGGUGUCUGUGAAGAAGAGAGAGAGAGAAACAUUACAUCGUGCCAGCCAAUACGGGCUGAUUAGAUGUGCUGUGUUCUACACACUGGUGUGCCUGAGCAGAGACCGGACAAGACAUGGUCACAUCUUAAUGUUGUGGUCAACAACAA